GCAGAGCAGCGAGGAACCGCCGAAACAAGAGCCAAAUUCACCCCUAAACCCCAGUCCAGGUGUGUCCGGCAGGUAAAGAUGAAGCUGCUGCUGCUGCUGGUGACGGUCGUCGUGGUGACGGUCGUCGUGGUGACGGCCGACGACGACAGCGACAGGAGGGACAGCGUGGGGACGGUGAUCGGCAUCGACCUGGGGACCACGUACUCCUGCGUGGGCGUGUUCAAGAACGGGCGGGUGGAGAUCAUCGCCAACGACCAGGGCAACCGCAUCACUCCGUCCUACGUGGCCUUCACGGCCGAGGGCGAGCGUCUGAUCGGAGACGCCGCCAAGAACCAGCUGACGUCCAACCCCGAGAACACGGUGUUCGACGCCAAGAGGAUGAUCGGCCGCGCCUGGGCCGACUCGUCCGUGCAGUCGGACAUCAAGUACUUCCCCUUCAAGGUGAUCGAGAAGAAGAGCAAGCCUCACAUCCAGAUCGACAUCGGCGGCGGGCAGAUCAAGACCUUCGCCCCCGAGGAGAUCUCCGCCAUGGUGCUGACCAAGAUGAAGGAGACGGCCGAGGCGUACCUGGGCAAGAAGGUGACGCACGCCGUGGUCACCGUGCCCGCCUACUUCAACGACGCCCAGCGCCAGGCCACCAAGGACGCCGGCACCAUCGCCGGCCUCAACGUCAUGAGGAUCAUCAACGAGCCCACCGCCGCGGCCAUCGCGUACGGCCUGGACAAGCGUGACGGAGAGAAGAACAUCCUGGUGUUCGACCUGGGCGGCGGCACCUUCGACGUGUCUCUGCUGACCAUCGACAACGGCGUGUUCGAGGUGGUGGCCACCAACGGAGACACGCACCUGGGCGGAGAGGACUUCGACCAGCGCGUCAUGGAGCACUUCAUCAAGCUGUACAAGAAGAAGACGGGCAAGGACGUGCGCAAGGACAACCGCGCCGUGCAGAAGCUGCGGCGCGAGGUGGAGAAGGCCAAGCGCGGCCUGUCGGCGCAGCACCAGGCCAGGAUCGAGAUCGAGUCUUUCUUCGAGGGAGAGGACUUCUCCGAGACGCUCACGCGGGCCAAGUUCGAGGAGCUCAACAUGGACCUGUUCCGCUCCACCAUGAAGCCCGUCCAGAAGGUGCUGGAGGACUCGGACCUGAAGAAGCCCGACAUCGACGAGAUCGUGCUGGUGGGCGGCUCCACCCGGAUCCCCAAGAUCCAGCAGCUGGUGAAGGAAUUCUUCAACGGCAAGGAGCCGUCGCGCGGCAUCAACCCCGACGAGGCCGUGGCGUACGGCGCCGCCGUGCAGGCCGGGGUUCUGUCGGGCGAGGAGGACACCGGAGAGGUGGUUCUGCUGGACGUUUGCCCCCUGACCCUCGGCAUCGAGACGGUUGGAGGAGUCAUGACCAAACUGAUCCCCAGAAACACGGUGGUUCCAACAAAGAAGUCCCAGAUCUUUUCUACGGCCUCCGACAACCAGCCCACCGUCACCAUCAAGGUUUAUGAAGGUGAGCGGCCCCUGACCAAGGACAACCACCUGCUCGGCACCUUCGACCUGACGGGCAUCCCCCCUGCGCCGCGCGGCGUCCCGCAGAUCGAGGUCACGUUCGAGAUCGACGUCAACGGCAUCCUGCGCGUCACGGCCGAGGACAAGGGCACGGGCAACAAGAACAAGAUCACCAUCACCAACGACCAGAACCGGCUCACGCCCGAGGACAUCGAGCGCAUGGUGAACGACGCCGAGCGCUUCGCCGACGAGGACAAGCGGCUGAAGGAGCGCAUCGACUCGCGCAACGAGCUGGAGAGCUACGCCUACUCCCUGAAGAACCAGAUCGGAGACAAGGAGAAGCUGGGCGGCAAGCUGUCGGACGAGGACAAGGAGGCCAUCGAGAAGGCGGUGGAGGAGAAGAUCGAGUGGAUGGAGUCGCACCAGGACGCCGAGCUGGAGGACUUCCAGGCCAAGAAGAAGGAGCUGGAGGAGGUGGUGCAGCCCAUCAUCACCAAGCUGUACGGCAGCGCCGGCGGGCCGCCGCCCGAGGGCGGCGAGGCCGAGGAGAAGGACGAGCUGUGAGAGGGCGAGGCCGUUCCCUCGGGGCCGUUCCCUCGGGGCCGUUCCCUCGGGGCCGUUCCCUCGGGGCCGUUCCCUCGGGGCCGUUCCCUCGGGGCCGUUCCCUCG